UGGGCCAAAACAGCCUAAUCUCAUGUCUUAAGAGCGGGAAAAGGGGUUAACCCGUUCCAGCAAAUCAAAACGGAGCUGCUACUAUCACAUUUAACGUUGUACUCCGUCACAUCGCCGAUGGCCGGAAUAACCAUUACCCGGUGGCUCACCGUCUCUCCAGCGUCUUCCACCUCAAUACUUCGCCGUCUGCUUUCCUCUUAUUCCCUUCGUUACCACUACUCCUCUUUCCCAACCCAAAUCCCCAAAACAGUGUCCUCCUUUUCAGUUUCCACAAUUAGCUCAUUCAGAAGCACACCAUUUUCCACCACUACUACCACCCCAGAAACACCCAUUUCGAAUACCCCAACUGCAGCUCCACCGAAGCGAAACACAUUAGUCAAUUUCUCAUUAUCUGAUUCAGAGGACUCCGAUUCUGAGGCGGAUACGAAGUCGUCGACUAAACAGAUAGACAAAUCCAAAUUACCACCACCAUACGAUCCAUUUAAUAAGAAACCCGUAAUUGAGGAACCUGAAGACCCGACGAACUUGCAAGAAGUGUUUCAGGCGAUACGCUCUGAUGGGCUGAUCAACAAUGCAGUGAAGAUGUUCGACGGAUUGUCAAAGGACGGGUUGACUCACGAGGCAUUGGAACUAUUCUCUCAAAUCAAGGACAAGAAUCAAAUGCCAGAUGUUGUGGCUCAUACAGCGGUGAUCGAGGCAUAUGCCAAUGCGGGACAGCCCAAGGAGGCUCACAAGGUCUACCUGCGGAUGCUGGCAAAUGGGGUGCUUCCCAAUGCGUAUACGUAUAGUGUUUUGAUCAAGUCGUUAGCGGAGAGUGGAGAAGGGAAGUUUGUGAAAGAGGCGAAAAAGUAUGUGCUGGAGAUGGUGGAGAAAAGGGGGAUGAAGCCCAAUGCAGCUACUUGUUUGGGUAGUUAUGAAGGGUUGGUGAAGGCAGGAAUGGAGGAAGAAGGAAAAGAGUUAUUGGAGAUAGUGAAGAGCAAAGGAGCUGUGCCUGAAGAGAUUAAGAUGAGGGAGGUGUUGAAGAAUAAAAGAGGACCACUUCAUAGGACCAUAAUGCAGGUUUUCUAUGGCAAGUAAAAGAUGUUUUUUUUUUACUUAAUAGCUGUUUGCUGUGUAAAUUGUUGUACUAGGGAGAUUCUUGUUUAUUGUCAUAUGGAAACAGAUUACUAAAACAUGCAGAGAACUUUGUGCUUGAGGAAAUUUGAUUUUCUAGUUCUUGGCAAUUACUUCUUUCGGAUGAACUUCAUAUAAUAUUUGGAAUC